AUGGAAACAAUAUCCAAGGGCGAAUUCGCCGACUCUUACUCUGACAUUCACGUGUCCUGGAACGUGAAUGAUUGGCCCACCGUUAAUUUUGAGGACCCUGCAUUGGUUUAUCGUAAUAUCGAAUUAUCUCUACGAAAAGAGGGUUAUUGUGGAAACUUAUCGGUCACGGCUUAUGGUGACAUCUUUAAAUCCAUGUCGGAAGACAUGAUGAAACAAUAUUGGCAUGCAGGGUUUUUCUUCGAUGAAGGUGAUGACUCUGAGCGUCUUCAGAGGAUGUUAGAAGACGUUCCUAACUGGACUUGGAAACUUGGCCGAUCAGCAAAUUUGGUUGUGCUCUCAAAUAUCUCAGAAGACGUAGAGCUCGUCUAUCUUAUGAAGUCUAUGAAAUCGAGAGGUCACAAUGUUGUGUUUGCACGUAAAAGCCGGGAUGACUCAGACUCACUAGGCCUUUCUCAAACUGGAAUCAGGGAAUGGAUUUGUCCAGACCUACUAGACAAAAGCUUAGAAGAAAUUGAUUUUGCAUGGACUACUACUGGUCACGCCACGUGGUAG